CCACAUCAUACCAAAAAUGGAGAAAAUGGACGAAUCAGAUUACCAGACGCUCAUCACCUGGUACUGCCAGCAGAGCUACUACACCAGUAUGUUACGACAAGCGAAGGAAGCUGUUGACUCUUUCCCCUCAAGUGAAAACCUCAAAAUUCUCCUCGCCCUCGCCUACCUCCAGACGAAUCGUCCUCAGGACGCUUUACAACAGGUCAACGAGCUCAUCGGCCCCGAGGACACGACUCUCCCCUCCCUCAUCAUCCAGAGUUUCGCUUAUCGGCUCAACAGCAACAAGGACCGUUCAGUCAUAACUCAGAUCGACUCUAGGAUUCGUGAAGAUAGGAGAAAAGCGACCUCUACAUCACUGUCCCGAACUGCAACAGUUCUUUUUCUACUGAAGAAAGUAGAAAAGGCGAAGGAAUACGCAGAAAAGGCCUAUAAAAUGCACCCUCACGAUCUCGACGUGCUCUUGAUAAACUCAUUAAUCGACUUGAACGUCUCCAAAGGUCAACACAAUUACCUAUCCACCAUCCAGAAAGACCACAGUAGACGCUUGAGUGUCCUCCUAGCAACUGCAAAGUCCCACGAGGUCAAUGGCUCCCACGAACAAGCUAUCUUAAUCCUGAAUGCACUGAUCGUUCGAUACUCAAACUUGUGCAUUCCGCUGAUCGAAAAAAUGGGAAAUCAAUUAGCCAUGAAGGACUGGGAUCAGGUCCUGGAGACAUGCAACAGGAUCCUCUCCAUCGACUCCAACGAUCUAGAUGCCAUCAAAGCUAAGACUGUCGUAAUGAUCUGCAGAGAUGGGGAUUACCCGUCUGCAAUCAAGACCCUCCAGCUAUUCUUCAGAAACUUAAUCCUAGCUGAACCCAAGAAUGUUGAAUUAUUCGUGAAGAACAUCCAGUUGUUCACGAGGACAACGAACAGGGACAAAGAUAUUCUCCUAGAGCUUUCGAGAAUCACCGAGAAACUCAUUCAACAGAACCCGAAUUCCAGUGAGCCGAUGAUUGAACUCGGAAAUAUUUACUUAUUGAUGCACAGGGUGAAGGAAGCUGAGCACUGGUACAGAAGUGCAGUGAGGAUCGACGAGUCCUCGUUCUCGGCUCUCAUGGGUUUGGCCCACUGUCAAGUUCUGGAGACCACCCCAGGAUCUACUGACCUAGCUAGACAACAGCUGGACUUCCUCAUGGAGGUCCAGUCCAACACUUUGGACCCAAAACUGUACUUCAUGUCAGCGAAACUAAAUUCAAACGAUCCGACCAAAGCCUUGAAGUACCUCGAAAUGGCAAUUGAACUGAUCCUGAAGAACUCGUCGAACUUACCUUAUGGGUAUCACUACCUGGUCGAGUUGAACCCAGUAUUUUCCCUUGAGAUCGUGACGGAACACUUGUGCAACUCGCCAACAACGACAGUCAGCGAUACCCAGAACGAAAAAACCUCUGAGGAAGAUAAACCAAGUUUGAUCCUAUUAGCAAUGAUUACCGAAGCUUGUUCUGGCUGUUCCGAAGCCUUCCUGCUCCUCGCAAAAGCAAAGAUGCAAGCUGGGGACUUCGAGGGGGCGCUAAUGACGCUGAAGCGGAUGCUGGAUAGCGUCGAUCCGGCUAACGCGCCUGCGCACCUGUUAAUGGCGCAGAUAUUAACCCGCCAAGGGAACUAUCAAUCUGCGUCUCAAAGCCUCGAAGUGGGACUCAGCUACAACUUCAAAGUCCGAGACGACCCAAUUUACCACUUGAUCUCUGGAAUUGUUGAGAAACAAAAUGGCGACUUGGAGAGUUCCAUCACUAGUUUGCGAACGGCGAUGUCCCUGAUAGACGCUAGAGUCAAAUCACAAGAGGCAGCACCACUCGACUCGAUCUCAUUAUCAGACCGAGCAACUCUGUAUUUGGAGUUGAUAUCAGCUUACAGUCAGCUGAACAAGUUCGAUGAAGCAUCUGCCUUGAUGAACGAAGCCAAGUCCCUCUUCUCUAAUACUGUAGAAGAAGGGAGAGUAGUUAUUGGAAACGCAGAGUUGUCUUUGGAGAUGGAUGAGAUUGACCGAUCGAUCAACUAUUUGAGCCAGAUUAAGCCGAAUGAGCCGUACUAUCUCGAAGCCCAUACAAAGCUGGCGGAGAUUCACCUGCAUCAUAGGAAAGAUCGUCACGCGUUUGCGAAGUGUUUUAGGGAGCUGGUGGAGCAUUGUCCAGGGUCGAAGACGUAUAGUAUGCUGGGGGAUGCGUACAUGGCGAUUCAGGAGCCAGAUCGGGCUAUUGAGGCUUAUGAGCACUCGUUGAAGGAUUGUCCUGGGGAUAGAAUACUUGCGAGUAAAAUGGGGAAGGCUCUGACAAAGACUCAUCAGUACAAUAGGGCGGUUAAUUAUUAUAAAGAAGUGGUUAGGAAUAAGGGGUGUGGGGAGCUGAAGCUCGAUAUGGCAGAGUUGUUCAUGAGGAUGAAGCAGUUCGAUAAGGCUGAGGGGGCUUUGGUUCAGGAGUUGCAGGAGGCGAGGGGAGCUACUGAUCUAGAGCAUUUGGAGAUGCGGGGAAGGCAGCUGUUGCUUCUUGCCAAGGUCAGGGAGAGGUCGGGGAAUAUUCAGAUGGCUUUGUCGACGUUGAAAGAGGCCAAGGAAAAUCAGGUCAGGUGCAUUCAGCGAAUGUCGGUAAACGCUUCGGUGACUGCUCUUAAGCAGACGCUGGCGGAGAUCUGCUUGACUAUGGCUGAUCACGCGACUGCGGUCAGGGAUUGGGACCAGGCGAUUGUGCAUUAUAAGGAGGCACUGCAGCAUAAGCCUGCGGAUAUCAAGGCUUUGUUGUCACUGGCGAAGUUGUAUAUGCAGAUUAAUGAACUGGAUAAGUGUGCGGCGAGCUGCACGGCGCUGUUGACUGCUGAUCCUAAUAAUGAGGCGGCCUCCGUCAUGAUGGCCGAUCUCGCGUUUCGGAAGGUGGAUUUUGAAACUGCCGCGUUUCAUUUCAGGCAGUUGUUGAUGAGGCGACCGACUUAUUGGACGGCCCUUGCGAGGCUCAUUGAGGUUUCCAGGAGAACUGGUAAUAUCGAUGAUCUAGACGAGUGGCUCUCUCGAGCAGAGUCCGCAACGGAAGGAUCAAACCGGGACGCGGGAUUCUACUACUGUGCCGGCCUCCUCGACUGGCGAACUGGCAAACUAAACUCCGCGCUAAGAAACUUCAACGCAGCAAGACGUGACCCAGAAUGGGGACAGCAAGCAAUUUACAACAUGAUAGAGAUUUGUCUGGACCCAGACGACGACUCCGCGUUAUCCAGCGAGGCCUUCAACGAGGAAGACGCCGAGUACCAGGACUCUCGUACGAUGGCCCUGAAAACAGCCCAGAGACUUCUUCAAGAGUUGAACCCGAAGGGCAGUCCCCACGAGAUGUUGACUCACAGACUUUUGGAGAACUUCUUCCUCCUCACAACGAAGAUCAAGACGAAUAUUGAGAAAGCCCUCCAGGAUUGCACAGCCUUGGCCAGCCAAGAGACAUUAAGAGAUCAUGUGGGACCAGCCCUGGGGCUCGCCACAGCCCACAUUCUCCUCAAACAGACCCCAAGAGCCCGAAAUCACCUGAAACGAGUUGCCAAGAACGUCUGGACCUUCGAGGACGCCGAAUACCUCGAACGGUGCUGGCUCCUUCUCGCUGAUAUCUACGUGCAAUCGAAUAAAUACGAUCUAGCUAAUGAUCUUCUUCGGAAGGUUCUUCAGCACAACGCCACCUGCGUCAGGGCUUAUGAAUUAUCAGGACACAUCUCCGAACGGGAACAAAAUUACAAAGACGCUGCUGUGCAAUACGCUCAGGCCUGGAAAUUCGGUGGGAAAACUAAAUUAUCGGUUGGCUACAAAUUGGCGUAUUGCUGUUUGAAAAGUAAAAAAUAUGCUGAUGCUAUUCAAGCGUGCAAUGAGGUACUCAAACAGAAUUCAGAUUUUCCGAGGAUUCGAAAAGACAUUUUAGAGAAGUCUAUUCAUAAUAUUAGAUCGUAAUUUUUGUGGGGUUGAGAUUGGAGGAGUUUGGGCUGUCCUGGUGGGACAGCUCCUGCAAUAAAAUUUG